GGUCAUAAGUGUCAUAAGCCAUCUUCACUUCAGUAUUCAUUCUUCAACUCUCUCUCUCUCUCUCUCUCUCUCUCGCUUCUUUGCAUGGAAAUGUGUGUCUAAUACAGACACUGCACAAACACAAUUGCUUCUCCAUCUCCAUCGAUAAAAAUUCUUAUAUAGUUAAAGAUCUUCCUCUUCUCUUAUAUCAGAUCCUGUUAAUUUCUUGAUUGGCCUCUCCAUAAUGCUUCGAUCAUUAGCCAGAGGGUUCGAGUUCACCAACAAUGCAAGAUCUUACUCCGCAGCCACCUCUAAGAGCAGGCUGGAAGGUAAAGUGGCCCUAAUUACAGGGGGUGCAAGCGGGCUUGGCAAGGCUACAGCCCAUGAAUUUAUCCAACAUGGGGCCCAAGUUGUUAUUGCUGAUAUCAAUUCUGGGUUGGGUCAAAAUGUUGCCAAUGAAUUGGGCCCUGCAGCCCACUUUGUCCAAUGUGAUGUCGCUGUGGAGACACAAGUAAAAGAAGCUGUAGAGGCCGCAAUGGGCCGUUACGGCAAACUAGAUAUAAUGUACAACAAUGCUGGUAUAACAGGCCCAAUCGUACCGAGCAUUACCGAUCUGGACCUUAACGAGUUCGAUCGGGUAAUGCAGAUUAACGUUCGGGGCGUUAUCGCGGGGAUUAAGCAUGCAGCUCGAGUAAUGAUACCCAUGGGCUCCGGGUCCAUUCUAUGCACGUCGAGCAUUUGUGGGCUCAUGGGAGGGCUCGGCCCACAUGUGUACACAAUAUCAAAAUACACAAUUCCAGGGAUAGUAAAAUCAAUAGCAAGUGAACUGUGCAGGAAUGGAAUAAGGAUCAAUUGCAUUUCGCCUGGAGCAAUUCCAACUCCGCUUUCGGUGAGCGAAAUAGAGCAAUUCUACCCUGCAAUUUCAAGAGAGAAGGUGGUUGAGAUUAUCAAUGGGAUGGGAGAGUUAAAGGGAGCAAAUUGCGAAGAAAUAGAUGUGGCAAAAGCUGCCUUGUAUUUGGCAUCAGAUGAAGCUAAGUACAUUACUGGACAUAACCUUGUUGUUGAUGGAGGAGUUACUAGCUUUAAAAGUCUUAAUUUUCCUGCUCCUGAUCAAAUUGUGUAAUGUUAUUUCGGCAUUUUCGCGUUUAUUUUCCUUAAUUUUAGGUCAUUUUUCUUGUUUACUGCAGUACCUUUUCUGGGUUUAAUGGAUGUUGUUCUCUAAAAAUCGAUGAAGAAAUGUACAUAUAUGCAGUUGCUUAUCAGUACAGUUGCUAGCUGUUGCCGAACAUGACAAA